ACCAAUCAUAGUUCCCCCCCCCCCCAGAAUCUCAAUUAUGUCAACGAUUUUGCCUUUCAGAAAUAUAUUGUUAUGAAUAAACAUAAACCUGAAAACAAAUUAACAUGGUCAAUAAUAUACCAUUUAAGACUAUUUUUACGUCUCUAGAGGAUUUAAAAAGGUAAUAUACAGUUAACCGCCAAUUUAGUAGUUCUUGGCUUUCGAAGUGAUCUCGUACAUUUCCCUGCCCUUCUUAUUUUGCGAUGCGUAAUGUAAUGUGCGUCAGCAGCAUGCCCGGGGCCGGUAUCACUGCACUGAGUAAAACCUGAUCCCUCCCAACGUACAGCAAAUUCAUUUGUUUAGAGUGGGUUAUUUCCACAUUUUCAUUCGUCGUUGGAGUUCCCUUUAAACACGUUUUUCAGAUGCAUUUUCAUGUAAUUUAUUCCGCAACGAUAAAACAAUUUGAAUGCUACCUGAAAAUAAAUUUUGUAUAUCAAACCGUAUAGGUCAGAGGAAAAGAAACACGUAAUCAUCUUCCCAUCUUGGGUCAUUUAUAGUAAACCGAAUCAGAGGCAUUUGGCAAGCAUCUUUUUAAAAAUUUGGUCAUUUUGGGAUUCUGAGUGAAAUGAACUAUAAUUCAGUGAUAUGACAUACUUUAUCAAUAGCCUAAUGGUAGUGCAUCUAUGCCUAUUAAGAUUUUCUUUUUGCACUUCGUGGUACAUAUUUUGUCUUUAAAUCGUUAAUUGUCAUAUUUGUUUAUUUUGAGGGGAAAUCGAUUUCUGAAAGCACUUCUGUCUUUAAAAUUGCGUUAAUUUAUCAGCGUAGGGUACAGCCAGCGGAAGUGUUGUAUGAGCACUUGUUUCAGAUUUAACGUUUCUGUUUCGUUGGGUGUGAAAACAUUUAAGUGGACGAGCAUGGUGGUUUUAGUUUGUAAAGUAUUUAGGACCUGAUUAUACAACGCGAAACCGCAUUCGAGCGUAGCAAUGUCGGCGAUAGGGAAGAGUCCGGAGGGUGACGUCAGUCCUUCCCCGCGCCACUCACAAUCUUUCUGUCAUUUCCAGGAAGUAGGCUAGCCUACAUUCAAAAGCCACCUGAUGGUCAGGUAGGUUUUGGUGAAGGAAGAGAAAAGUUCUCCGCUGAAGGACUCCAGCACAGCCAGUAGCCUAAUUUAUGCCUCCGGAGUGCUUUAUAACCUCACGUAUUCAAAAUAGACAAGGAAAACCUGGAUCUUAAGCUAUUUAGCCGAUUACUGCUACAUUUAAUUAACACAAUUAAGAGUCCAAAGUGUAGAGGGUUAUGGAAACUUGCAGUUUCAUACUUGGCGGUGUGAAUCAUGUGACGUGUUGGUCUAAGGAAAUUUAGGGAAAUGAUCCCCAAGGCCAUCAGAGGCAGUUUUUAUAAAUAACAUCAGCUCGUGAAUUAUCGGCGAGUGCUCGUGAAGAACACACGAAGCCGUUUAGGUAUGGCUGGUUGUGCUAAAUAAAUCGUAUUCGUGCUACCUACCAAGCUGGUUUGGUCAGGUACGGUAACUAGCUCGCUACUGCUACUUUAUUACGUAGACUGCUGCUAUAGCCAGCACAGCUGUAGCUAUUGGUAAUAUGCAGUUCAGCAGCAAAUUUGAAAACUUUGUAAACCCGUACAUUUACUUCAGACAGCUACGUCAACUGGAUAAGAGUUGACAUUUAUUUUUUUAAAUGAGAUAUGAUAAAGACGCUUUUGCUGUACGCUUAUAUUGACGAUUUCAUAGAAGCGCGAGUUAAUAGACGCAGUAUCGCAGCACUGAAGCAAUGAAAAUAGAUAUACCGUACAGCCCGGUGGGCGAGGGCCAGAGCAGUAGUAAUGAAUUCUGGAUGUAUGUGUGGACGCGGAGGCUCGCAACGAUCACUGCUCACGUCGUCGCCUUGGGGUUUACCAUUUUAAUAUCGCUGCUGUCACGACCUGGAACAAGUUUCUUCUCCUGGCACCCCGUGUGUAUGUCCAUUUCUUUCUGCCUGUGUAUGACAGAGGGGAUUCUGCUAUUUUCAGCGGAGAGUUCCCCAUUUUGUUUCAAGUCUCGGAAGGGGAGGGUGCGGCUGCACUGGUUCCUGCAGGCCCUGGUGGUUGUGGGCGGGGCCACUGGCGUGGGUUUCAUGGUGGCCAGUAAGAGGGUGUCGGAGCGCCCCCACCUGGCCAGCUGGCACAGCGUCCUGGGGGUGGGCACGCUGGUCGUCACGGCGCUGCAGACCGCGUGCGGACUGCGCCUGCUCUUCCCCAACAUGCCGCUGCCCGCCCCCUCCCCAACCCGGCUCCGCCUCUACCACACCACCUGCGGCCUGGUGGCCUACCUGCUGGCCGUCGCCACAGUGAUGCUGGCCAUGUACACUGACUGGUUCCAGGCAACGGUGAGGGGCCUGCUCUGGUACCCCGUGUCCCUGCUUCCCCUCCUCCCGGCCCUGGUGGUGAUGAACCAGAUCAUCAGGGCCUACCUGCCAAAGAAGAAGAUUGCUAUCUGAAAGAACCAGACCACCAGGGUCUACCUGCCAAAGAAGAUGUCUAUCUGAAAGAACCAGACCACCAGGGCCUACCUACCCAAGAAGAAGAUGUUUAUCUGAAAGAACCAGACCACCAGGGUCUACCUGCCCAAGAAGAAGAUGGCUAUCUGAAAGAGCCAGACCACCAGGGUCUGCCUGCCCAAGAAGAUGAUGUCUAUCUGAAAGAACCAGACCACCAGGGUCUGCCUGCCCAAGAAGAAGAUGUCUAUCUGAAAGAACCAGACCACCAGGGUCUGCCUGCCCAAGAAGAUGUCUAUCUGAAAGAACCAGACCACCAG